GUCAUACAAUUCUUUUUAAGAACAGUUGCUUUAUCACACGGGAAAUCGAACAGUUGCUUAUAUUCUUUGAUUUAAUUCUCCAAUUUCUAAUUUUGGCGUUGCAUUGAUUUAAACGACAGAGAGUGAGCAGCCAUGAAGCUUCCUUUCCUUUUGUUGUCCAUUUUCUAUUUAGUUGCGACUGUUGUCAACUCUCGCAAAACAGGUGGUGGUUAUAAAGAAGCCAUCUUGAGCUGCAACAACUACAUCGACUCAAUGAUCCAGGAUGUCCUGGAAGAAAAUGGCGACUAUUUCGACCCUCAUCCAAUCAACGAGAGUCUCUUAACAUUUCACAAGAAGGUUGUAUUCAUUGACUUCAAAGGUGAGGCCAAGCUGACAGAAGGAUACAUAAGCGGUCUACGAAACCUCCAUCGCGUGUCCUCCUGUUAUCUGUCAUUCGAACAAGGGAGGCUAAAAGUGAGCGCCGAAUUGGAAAUCGAAAAGAUGUUUUUCAAUUUCACAGGCUCCGUGAAGGCAAUAAACAUCAACAAAGCCGUGUCUGGAAAAGGGGUCACUUCAAAGGUGUUUUUGAGUACUGGUAUCUCAUUGGAUGCCGGUGGCAAAGAAUCAAUUUUAGAAGAUCUGAAUGUGGAUUAUAUCAGUAACAUGACGCUUGAAGUUGAAGGGAUGCGAUUUUUAGGGUGGAUGGAAGAACCGACGAAGACAAACGUCGCGCUGUUUUUCAAAGCGUUGACCGAAAAAUUGGUUGAAGUUCAGAUGAAGACACUUAUGAUGGAGAGGAUGAAAGAAAAGCCGUUUUCUCUCGAGAAGUUUGACCUAGACAUCGGAGAUCUUGAAGUUACUACAACCGAAGGCGAUGUUCUUAUAGGGGAACUCGUUCAUUCCAAAGAAGAUGCAAACAGCUACAUCGGCAGUGUUCUAGAAAACAGAUUUCAGUUAGAGGCCGAAUACAGCAAAUUAAGCUUUAAAGAUUCCAUCUCCGACGAUCGCAUAGAUAAUGUGUACGUUUCAAACGCGACAGACAACUAUCUUCUACUCAGGGAUGGCCAUCUGGAUAAUCUGACCAAACUCAAACGCAUGCAUGACUGCUCACAUCCAGUUUUGAGAUCUUCAAACAUAACUUUCAUCUGCUAUCUUGGAUUUCCCAGACUUAAGUUCUUGUAUACUGCCGAGUCACAUAACGGAGACACAACAUCCGCUUUUGACAUCGUCGCUCUUAUAGAUGAUACAAGACUUGACGUCAAAAUCACGACUACAGUUAAGGAUAACAUACCUAGUAUGCUGGACUUGAAAAUCAAUAAUGUGGGGAAGAUUACGGUUAAGGUGGCACAUAUCAUCGCUGAUGCUCCGUCUAUGCAAGCUGGAAGAACAUUUAAUAAGGAUGUUGUUAAAAACCAUUUUUCUGAAAAACUUAGAGAAAUUUUGCUGGGAAAGUUGAAAGACGUUUUGGGUUAUAGCAUUUAUAAGACGCCGAUUCAUUUUAUUGAUUGAUUUGCAAAAUGAAGAGUCAUAGGUUUGUACGUAAAAUGAACUUGUAACACUGAAUUUAGUGCACAAAAUGAUUUUCCGUUCAAAGUAUAUCACACUAAUUACUGUACAUGUAUGGCUGAAAAAAUAAAAUAAAUUUUUCAAAAAGAUUAAUAAAAUUGUAUUGCAAGGA